AACAUUUCGAGAGGGGGAGUGCAUAGAAAUGUCCAAGCAAAGCAAAGCAAAGGAAGGAAGGAAGAAAGGAGGAACACAAAUUCGCAUACUUUUAUGUGGAGGGUGACUUUGAUGAUGAAUCACCAUAGCAAUCAGAUAAACAGUUGGGGACAAUAUCCGAACCAGACUGGGUGCAUUUUCCGUGGUAGUUUUUCCUCCUGGUGGCAGGUUGAAAUUUUGUGGAAAAGUAGUGUCCGGUGACCGUUAGACCACGAUGGAUGACCAACCGAAGGCGGAAGGAGAAGCGGACAAGAAAAUCGUCCAUGUUUACCCUUUGGUAAAGUUUUCCGACAUGAAUGACGACGUUCGGGCAGAGGCGAUAGAACUGAGCAUUACAGCCUGUGAGAAAUACGCACAAAACUACGAGCACGCGGCCAAGGCGAUCAAGGAGCUUAUGGACAAAAAAUUCGGCACAUUUUGGCACGUGGUCGUUGGGGAAGGAUUCGGCUACGAGGUUUCGUACGAAACGAAGAACAUCCUGUACCUGUUUUUCGGUGGAAAUCUGGCCAUCGUCCUGUGGAAGUGUUCGUAGAAGCAAACCGGGCUCGGAGUAGUCGAAUUGGUCGAAAAGUUGGCGAUUGUAAUAAAAUGUAAAUUAAUUUUCCUGUAUAUAAGCAUUA